GCCGAGCAAACGGUGGUUGUUGGUGCUGGAAGGACGAGCCCCUAAAGGGAAAGCAGACCCCCAGGUUUGAGAGAGACAGGGAUGGCCAAGGAAGCCACGGGCCCCUGGUUUUGUGUGCUGGGCGACGAUGACCUUACACCCGUGAGAAAAGGUCACUGCUGGACACCUGGAUCGGAUCUGUCAUGUACAGAGGAGGCGCCUGUUUAACCAUCCAUCUGCUCUCCUGCCACCUGAGUGCCCUGACUCUGCCACCCUGUAGGCCAUGGAGAAUGAGCUGCCAGUCCCGCACACGACCAGCAGUGCCAGUGUCACUAGUGGAGCCAGUGGGUCUGGCAGUAACAAUGGCUGUAGCAAUAGCAGCAGUGGUAGCAGUGGCCGCCCCACUGGACCCCAGAUUUCUGUGUACAGUGGGAUUCCUGACCGGCAAACUGUGCAGGUGAUCCAGCAAGCCCUACACAGGCAGCCCAGCACAGCAGCUCAGUACCUGCAGCAGAUGUAUGCCGCCCAGCAGCAGCAUCUCAUGUUACAGACAGCAGCCCUGCAGCAGCAGCACCUUAGCAGUGCACAACUCCAGAGCCUGGCAGCUGUACAGCAGGCAAGCCUGGUGGCCAACAGACAAGGGAGCACUUCUGGCAGCAGUGUGUCUGCACAGGCUCCAGUCCAGUCAUCUUCGAUCAAUCUGGCAGCCUCUCCAGCAGCAGCUCAGCUCAUCAACCGGGCUCAGAGCGUCAACUCAGCCACAGCCUCUGGUCUUGCCCAACAAGCUGUGCUCUUGGGCAACACAUCUUCUCCAGCUCUAACUGCAAGCCAAGCACAAAUGUAUCUCAGGGCACAGAUGGCCCAGCCAGGUAACCUGGUGCAGGUAGCUAGGAGCCUAGGCGGCACUGUUCCUUUGUCCCCUCAGCUCAUCUUCACGCCCACGGCCACCGUCGCUACCGUGCAGCCUGAGCUCGGCACUGGCUCCCCCGCCCGGCCCCCUACCCCUGCCCAGGUACAGAAUCUGACCCUCCGAACACAGCAGACACCAGCUGCAGCAGCCUCGGGCCCUACCCCUACUCAGCCUGUCCUGCCCAACUUGGCCCUGAAACCCACCCCUGGCAGUAGCCAGCCUCUGCCUGCCCCUUCACAGGGCAGAAACACUGCUCAGGCUUCCCCUACAGGUGCUAAACCUGGCAUAACUGACAGUGUGAUGGAGCCUCUCAAGAAAGGAGAUGGCAACAGCAGCCUGCCAGAGAGUAUGGACAGCAGGACUGGGCUCAGCCGGACAGUUCCUGCUGUAGCUACCCACCCCCUCAUUGCACCAGCUUAUGCCCAACUGCAGCCACACCAGCUCCUCCCACAGCCGUCAGCAAAGCACCUGCAGCCCCACUUCGUGAUCCAGCCACAGGCACAGCAGCCACAGCAGCAGCUGCUGCAGCCUCAACCAUCUCGACCUGUGCCCCAAGCCCAGCCCCAGCUUGCCUCAGUUCCCCCAAGCCUGGCCCCACAGCCCAGCUCAGAAGCCCAUGCCAUGCCACUAGGCCCAUCUACACCUACCCUGCCACUCCAGUGUCCCACUACCCAUCUGCACAAGCCUGGCAGCAGUCAGCAAUGCCACCUUUCCACACCAGAUGCUGGAUCUCAGAAUGGACAUCCUGAGGGCAUGUCCCAUACCUCUCAAUGCAGGCUCCAUCACACCUCAGCUGUCAUUUUACAACUACAGCCUGCUUCACCAGUGCCCCACCAGUCUGGCCCUGAUGACUGGAAAGAAGCGGAAACAGGGGAGAAGAGUAUACCUGAGGCUCGGUCAGGCCCAUCCCCACACCAGCAAGCCAUUGUUACUACCAUAUCUGGUGGCAUGCCUGUACCCAAGAGCCCCAGCAUUCAGCGGUCCCCAGCUCACGAGACAGGGCAGGGCAUUGUUCAUGCACUGACCGACCUCAGCAGCCCCGGCAUGACCUCAGGGAACGGAAACUCUGCCUCCAGCAUCACCGGCACUGCCCCCCAGAAUGGUGAGAAUAAACCACCACAGGCCAUUGUGAAACCCCAAAUCCUGACGCAUGUUAUCGAAGGGUUUGUGAUCCAGGAGGGGGCGGAGCCUUUCCCGGUGGGACGCUCGUCCCUGCUGGUGGGGAAUCUCAAGAAGAAGUAUGCCCAGGGGUUCUUGGCUGAGAAGCUUCCGCAGCAGGACCAUACCACCACCACUGACUCUGAGAUGGAGGAGCCCUACCUGCAAGAAUCCAAAGAGGAGGGUACUCCCCUCAAACUCAAGUGUGAGCUCUGUGGCCGGGUGGACUUUGCCUAUAAGUUCAAGCGCUCCAAGCGCUUCUGUUCCAUGGCUUGUGCAAAGAGGUACAAUGUGGGAUGCACCAAACGAGUGGGACUUUUCCACUCAGACCGGAGCAAGCUGCAGAAGUCAGGAGCCACAACCCAUAACCGCCGUCGGGCUAGCAAGGCCAGUCUGCCACCACUUACCAAGGAUACCAAGAAGCAGUCAACAGGCACUGUACCCCUUUCAGUUACUACUGCCUUGCAGCUGACACACAGCCAGGAAGACUCCAGCCGUUGCUCAGAUAACUCAAGCUAUGAGGAACCAUUGUCACCCAUCUCAGCCAGUUCGUCCACCUCACGCCGCCGACAAGGGCAGCGGGAUCUGGAGCUCCCUGACAUGCACAUGCGGGACCUGGUAGGCAUGGGGCACCACUUCCUCCCGAGUGAGCCUACUAAGUGGAACGUGGAAGAUGUCUAUGAAUUCAUUCGUUCUCUGCCAGGCUGUCAGGAAAUUGCUGAGGAAUUCCGUGCCCAGGAGAUUGAUGGGCAAGCUCUGCUUCUGCUCAAGGAGGACCACCUGAUGAGCGCCAUGAACAUCAAGCUGGGGCCUGCUCUGAAGAUCUAUGCCCGCAUCAGCAUGCUUAAGGACUCCUAGGGCUGGUGGGGCAGCAGGGUUCUGGCCCAGAACUCCUCCUCCCCACUAAGCAGAGCCAGACAGACAUUCCUGAGGGGCCCGGAGGUGGGGCCAGCCAGAGGGAGGGGGCUCUCCCUAGGGGCAUAGCUGGUGAGGUGGUCUGGGUGCCUCCUCAAUGGCUCUCAGGGGCCUUUCUUUUCUGUGGGAGGGGUAGAGAGGUAGGUGGCACAGAAGAUGGGGCUUUAUGCUUGUAAAUAUUGAUAGCACUGGCUUCCUCCAAAGUCCCAAUACUCUAGCCCAGCUCUCUUCCCCUCCCUCCGUCCCCCGUUUUCCAGGGGGUUAUGGUCAGGGCUUCCCAACCUGUGUUGGGUUACUUCCAAGGGCAGCCAGCAGGCCUGGAAAGGCCUCACAGCCCUUGCCUUCCUUCCUCCUGCUUUCUCCAGGCCUGGUUAGCCUUCCGUUGCCAGCUUCUCCCACUUCAGCCUGUCUCUGCAGCAGGGGGCUCCCCCACCCGCUGCCCCUCUGCAGGUGGAGAGAGAGAAGCUGGACCCAGUUUGGCCAUGCCUGCCGGCACAGACGCCUUAACGCUGUGUGUAUGUAUGACUGUGUGACUGUAUGGGACCUGGACUGGCAGACGUGAGCUGCCCUCUGGCACCUCCAGGUGUUUUGUAGCAAACAGCCACUUAGUGCUUUGUCCUGGACUCCUCUCAGCCUGAGGAUGGGGAAUAGAAACGAAGGGCAGCCUCGAAAAGGGCAAGAUCAGAAAGGUGGAGAUUGGAUGGCCAGGAGGUCUCAGAAAGCCCUCCUCACAUGGUGACACUUCCCAAGUGCCCUGCUGUCUCCAACAGCACUGAGAAGCUGUGGUGAACACCACAGUAAUCUGGCUAUCCACCCUGGCAGUCCCAAGAUAGGGCCAGAGCUCUGAAGGGAGGGAACAGCUUGGAGGCACUGGGUGGGGAGGCACCCUUGAACCCCUGCUCCCACACUUCUUUGCUUGUAACAAACUUCCUACAGCAGGUACAGCUAACUGAGAGGCAGGGCAGAGGGCAAGGGCCUGCCUCUGACUUGCCCUGUCCUUACCACUCCUGGGGAAAGUCCAACUCUCCCCAGCUCAUUCUAUUCCUCACCCACGCCCCCAGGCAGGGUUGGAAAUGAAGGACUUUUUUAAGCUUUUGUUUGUUUUUUAAAAAUAAAAUCUGUAAAACCUU